AUGGAACUCUACAUCAUCUUCUUGUACAGCUCUUCUCUAUUGGGUUUCGUGAUCAUAUUCGUUUCAUUGUAUCUGCUCAUAACUGUCCCGACCAAACUGACAACAAUGGCCAGGUUCGCCAUGCAUGGGCAUGAUUUGUCAAGUGCGAUCGCUCAACUUUUUUUGACGCUCGGUUUCCAACCAUAUCUUAUCCUUCCAUGCACCAGUGGGUAUUCUGUAGGAUUCUUCACUCGUUUCGGCAUAAUAAGCAGCAUAGCUCAAGCUUGGCUUGAAGUAGCCUUGGUAGCCAUAAGUGCAACGUUUGCUGUUCUUUUGACUAUCAACCGAGCUCUCGCAGUAUCCGUGGGAGUGUCUGAAAGACGAAAGAAACUCAUCUUACAACUCUUUUCAACACAAUUUGUUCUCCAGUUGGCUUGUGUGGCUUUCGCGGGUUCCAAU